CAGUCCUGCCACAUCCCCUCUCCCACUUCCUCUGACAGGGACAGGCCUGGAAGGGUAGAGGUUUCCCAUUGCGGAAAACCCUCCCCUUCCCUCCAGGGUGGUCCCAGGGCUCUCCAAGCCCCUCUCCACACCCUUUUGGGGACUGCAGAGCUGCGGCUUGUGCUGCUCUACCUCACUGCUACUCAGAAGCUGCUGGAAGCUUUCUCCCCACCACCCUUCAAAGCCAGGAAUCCAUCCCCCACUUCCCAUGGCUGUUUGACAGCUGCUCUGGGACAAAGACCAGCUCUGAUCCACAACCCCAUGUCCUGACCCCCUGCCCAGACCCAGAGAGAACUCCGGGGUAAUCUCAGACUCUCACGUUUCCCCAAAUUACAUUGUUUCUCUAAUGCUGUCACCGUGUUUUCCUUUUAGAGAGAAAAUCCAAGAAGGGAGAUUAGCAGAGGGACCUCAAUUUUCUUCCAGAGUCUCACCUUGUGUAAGUGCUGCUGUGUCCUUUCUAGACCUCAAACCACCCAGACCACCGGUGUUUAACUGAAUCCAUGGCAACAGGAGAUCCAGCUGCGUUCCAAGAAUCCCUGCAAAGCACCUUGGUGAAGGGCAUGGCAACUUCAGGGAAGGCAGGGAUCCCAUCAGGUGUCAUGAAGGCUUUAGAUCCACGCCAGUUAAAGCCUGAUAGCAUGGAGACAGAAAGAAUCCUAACUGUCUUGGAUGAGACCAUUGUCAAGCUGGAGAUCACCAGGUUGAUCUCACGGAUUACUGGAUCCCUGGAGAGGUAUGCUAGGAUGUUGGGACCUGAGAUCACGAGCAGCCUUUUGGAGCAUCAGAAGCUUUCAAUGGCAGUACGGGACCUGCUUGCCAGCCCUGGAGAUGAGGAGCCCGUGAGAGCUGUGGAGCAACGCCUGAAAUGCUCCCUGAGAAACAUCCUGAGGCUCUUUCUGGCCAACCCCUUGCUUUACCAUGGUCUGAAAUACCAAGUUCCAGUGAAAGAGUCACCAGCUGAUGUGUUUAUCAAAGCCUUUAUGGAGUUCCGGGAUUUCACGCUUGAGAGGCUCCUGACCAGUCCUGAUGAAGAGGAGGAAAAGAUUAAAUUCAUGAAACGCAUUUCCCUCCGGGUUGAGAAAAACAUGGAAACGAUCUCAGCUCUACGGGAAGAGCUGGCAGCAGUCAUACAGACUCGAGAUGAGGAGGUUAACAGGAAGGACAAAACGAUUGAAAACCUCAAAACCAGCAUGGAAGCUCUGGCCAAGGACUUCAAGGCUGAGAUCCAGCAGAUCAUGAAGGAAGGGGAAAAGCAGCAAAAAGAGGAUGAGAAAGCCUCGCAGGACAGGUGUGCCAGGCUGAAGCAGGACAUUCAGCACCUGGAAGUACAGUUCAGUGCACUGGUGCUGGAGCAUCGAGCCUCAGAGCUGGUUCUCAUGAAGGAAAAGUGCAAAGCAGAGAGGGAAAUUCACGAAUGGGUCCAGAAAUAUGACAUAGAAAUGUCAGAAAAACAGACCACAUAUGAAGAGAUCCAGGCUGUCUACAACGAGGAGAAGGAACAGUUGUCCCUGCUGAUGGAGAAACACGCGCUGCUGCUCCAGGAAUAUACCGCGAUUGAGGAGGAGCGCAGGAUGCUUAAGGAGAAGGAGGAGGAAGCUGCACGGGAAGAGGCCAGGAGGAAUGAUGCUGCCACCUGCAUCCAGGCCUUCUGGAAAGGCUACUUGGUGCGGUCCAUCUACAAGGCAAUACUGAAGAAAGGCAAGGGCAAGGGCAAGGGCAAGAAAUAAAACCCCAAAUCCCUUUUC